AUUUUACCUCUUUUCAAUCGUAGUCAAGCUUGGCAUUACCCUGGUGGAUAGAAAUUGAUUUCUUGUGUCAUAUAACAAAUUGGAAAACCCAGAUUCGCACGGAGGAUAUUAAACUUAUAAACUUAAGCUUUUCUUUUUGUUAAUUAACUGGAUAUCAUCAUAAAGGAAUUUCAGGUAUGUUUGCAAAAGUACUUCAACCCUUUUUUGGAGCGUUCAUUGGACAAUACAUCAUAAUGAAUGCAGCACAAUUCAAGAUAAAUAAUAAUUAUCAAAGAACUGAUGCUGGCUCUUGGAACGAAACGAGUGUUGAUAUGAUGUGUCCAAAAGGGACCAGGUUAACAAUGGUUUCUGUGUGCAAAGUCUGGGAUGCACGGAUAAAGAUCUUUAAAAAGGCUACAGAGGAAAAUGCAGCUAUAGUAUACAGAUACUGUAAUCCCUACAAACAUAAAUUGUUUAUAUUGACAAACGAGACAGAUCCCUGCACCUUACGGCUGAACAAGCUAUGUCCUGCUAGAAUGGAUAGAUUAUCAGAUUGUUCUUGUGCUGAAAAAUGUAAAGAAGGGUGGGUGAGAGAUCCUAUGGGCGAUUUUAAAUGCAAAUUAAACGAUACUAAUAUACCAAUCCAUUCUAAUAAACAAACUAUACCAACCAAUAUUGAGGAGAACUUCCAAGUAACAAACCUGACUGUUAGUGCACAUUAUUCCAAUUUACGUGUGGCAUGGUGUGUGGCAAUUGGGGCAGAGAUCAGUUUGAAGCACAUAGAGCUAACAUACCGAGCUUCAGGCAAUGCAACUAUUAACGACAUGCCAAACUUACAUCCCGAAGGUGAUUGCCAAUGUCACGAUGUUAGGAAUUUAAUGCCAGGAAAGAAAUACAUUAUCAGUCUCAGUUUUAUGAUUAGGUAUUUUUAUACCGAUGACGUCAUAGUUCCUGUUAAGAUGUUAAAAAGUGGAGUGACAACACCAAAGCCUGUUGAAGAAUUGAAUGCAACGUUAACUGGUAAAACAGUCACCCUAGAGUGGUAUAUUCCAGUUAACUGCCACUUUGAUAAAUUUUUGGUGGAAGAAAAAGGAAAUGUGAUUGAAGCGUAUGACACAAGGUACUCUGUUACAUUAUCUGAUGCAUUUCCCGGAGAAAAAUAUACAUGGCGUGUGUCUACAAUCAGCAAUGGCGUUAAGAGCAGCACACGUGAAGUCGUGAUCAUUUUACCACCGCUACCACCUGAUGAGUUACACGAGUUCUUAGUGCGGGGAGGCGAUCUGGAUUCUGAGAGGGAAAUAAUCUGGUUCAAAAACGACGCAAUGAGUAAAGUUGAAGGUUAUUAUGUAAGCUAUAACUCUACAGCUGCAGGAAUUAGUAGGAGGGAUAUAUAUGUGGCUGUUCCAUAUGCUCAAAAUAAAAUAAGGUAUCAGUUGGUAGACCUUAAACCUGGCAUGCAAUACGAUAUUACAGUAAUCAGUCAAGUGGACGGUGUGAAUUCAACAUAUCCAACACGGCGGCUCAUAUCAAUCCCAUAUGAUGACGUUGUUAAAGAUACACUGCUUUUUGCGCUGAUAUGUAUGAUUGUUCUACUACUGUAUUUACUUGUCAAACAAUACGAUGCACUCGUCAGCAGCAACAACAACAAUAAAGCUCCAGAAAAAGUUCAUAUUGUAAAUAAAAAGUACGGGAAUAUUACGAAGAUAAGAUCAAAGCAUGUGACAGCAAACAUUAACAAAACCGAUGAUAACAUUCCUCCUGACAGUCCUGCAGAAAGUAGUGAGGACGAAAUAUAGUGUCAGCAACACAGAGACGAUUUAUUUGAUAGAAAAGCUUGUUUUGAGCAAAAUAAACAAACACUAUUGAUAGUAAUGAAAACAGGACACUGUUACCAUGGAGAAACUGCACUCGUUUGUCUUAUUCUCAUUUUUACAGCACAUUUUAAAUAGUUAAGCAAAUGCUAAGCAAAUAAGAAGUUCCGAUCAAAAUAGAACAACCAUUUCGAUAAGAUAAACUCAUGUAGUACAUAAGUUCCAUACGAAAGCUCAUCUUCAUGUUUUUCAAGACACAAGAAAACAAAUAUAUGUCAGGAGAACAUUUAAACAUUUCAAAGAAGCCGACUUUCUUGUGAGUUAUGCUCAACAUUUUUUUAAAAUUUUUUCUUUUGUGAUACCUUUGUCAUCAUCAUACAUUUAAAUAUGCUCAUUUAUGUUUCGCUUUUUCUAAUAUUCACGAUUGAUAUUAUUCUAUGAAUGUCUGUACAUGAGAUUACCUGCUGCUGUAUACUUUUUUACUUUUGUUAGAGUGAUAGUAUUAGUGUUGUAAAUAAAGUUUUGAAUUGUAAAUACUCAUGGAAGAACGUAUUGGAACAUGUUUAUUUCAUCUCACACUGUUCAACUUUUAUUAUACAUGUAUGUACUAUUUAUGCAUAUGUAAAAUGAUUAUGUACUUGUUGUACAAAUCUUUAGUAAAUUGUUUGUUUCUAUAAAAUAAGCAAUGUUUUAAUUAUUUAAAGCAUUAAAAUAUUCAUACAACACAUUAUUAUACCCACUUUUUUCAAUCCAGUUUUCAUUCUAUAAAACAUCCCAUUUAAAGCCUUACACACUUAUCUGCUCUGAUAGAAAAUGUUAAAAGUCCUGUGAAGAAUGCUUAUGAUGUGAAGAAAGAACUUAAUUAAAUAAGGAAUGUACGAGGUUUUUUCCAUGCAUCAAAACUAUGCAACAGUAGUAUUUACUUAAAAAUUAAAAUGAUUUUAUAAUAUCACAUUCUCUACAUGUAUAUAUCUAACAAGUGUUUAUUUUUAUACAGCUGGCUUUUGAAACUUCUGUAAAUUUGAGACCAUAUAAUUAUGUUUAUAUAUUGACGUUUGUUAAAUUGUAUUUAAUGAAUUGAAAAUUCCUUAUUGUAAAUAUAUAUAAGCCUUGUUCUAUUCUAUCUAUAUAAUUAAAAUAUUUGUG